AUGUUAAAAUUGUGUACCGAUAGAAAAAUUCUUGUUGAUGUCUUUAAUUCAUGUAUUCGACAAUUAUAUGCUGAAAAAAUUAAAUUUCAUAAGGGAACGUGUAAACCAAAAAUAUUUCCUAUCAAAUUUUUGGUUACUUCCUGUGCGGAUAAAACGCCUAAAGAAUUUUGCAUUAAUAAACCGAUGAAAUGGCCAAGUGAUGAUCGAGCCAAUUUUAAGUUUCACGAAGAAACUGAAGCCAUAUUAAACGAGCAAAUAAAUAUGGAAUUAAAAGCUUUCUACCAUUAUCUGUCCAUGGCUGCAUAUUUCGGACGCGUUGACGUAGCAUUGCCUGGAUGUGAAUCAUUUUUCAUGCAAAUGCAUCACGAAGAACAUGAACAUGCUAUCAGAUUCUUAAAUUAUGUCAAAAUGCGCGGAGGCCUUGUAAAUUUGUGUCCAGUACAACCUCCUAUUGAUCAAGACUGGAAAUGUCCAUUACAUGCUUUCAAAACGGCAUUGAAUUUGGAAAUGGAGGUAACCGAGAAGCUAGUAGCGGUAAAUACUGUGGCAGAGAAACAUGGCGAUUUAAAUGCAAGCGAUUUUAUUAUUACGGGUUUUAUGGAAGAUCAGAUGAAAAGUGUGAACGAAAUGGGACGAUUUGUAGCUGUUCUCUCAGGAAUUGGUGAUCAAUCGUUGGCUCGUUUUAUAUUUGAUAAAGAUUUACUUAAACAUUACGUCCAUCCGAAAUUUAAUAUUCUUCGUUCAAAACUCCGAUCAAACAAAACUGACGAAUAGUAUUUCCCGUUGCCUAGUAUUUUCCCGUGUCGUAAAAUAUAAUACGCGAUGUAUGUAU